ACAGAGAUCAACACAAGCGCCCCAAGAAAGCCAUCGAUCGAGCUCCAUUCGGCAUGGUUUCCUCCAAGAACACCGCGCUUCUUUUCCUGGCCGUGCUGCUGCUCUCGUGCGCCGCAAUGGCCAGCGCGGCACGGGGCCUGGAGGAGACGGCGCCUGAGGACGACUACCCGGCCGAGGCGCCCGAGGUGGCGCCGGAGCACGAGCUGCUGCCGCCGUUCCCGGGGUUGCCGUCGUUCCCGAAGGUCGAGCUGCCCCCCAUGCCCGAGAUGCCUACGAUUCCCGGGUUCAGCUUUCCCGAGCUCGAGCCGGAGGCCGAUGAGCCGUGAUCGACGACGAGGGCCGUCACAUGAUGAUACUCAGAAUCGAUCGUUUUCACAGAGUGUGUGCCGUCCUUGUAUACGUUGUACCGUUGUGGUGUGCUGUGGUGUUCGUGUGACCUUAUUGGAUUGUGAUACAGUGUACCGUUGUGUGUUGUGCACUUUUGGAUUUGCGCCCAUUGAAAUA